AGAGGAUCGAUGGUUGAUUUGUGUAGUAGUAUAAAUCUAUAAAAGAUCGAUCUUUAUCUUAAAAAUUCAAAAGUAAGGUAUACAAUGGAGGUGAUAUUGAUACCAUUUCACAACCAAGGCCACUUAACCCCGAUGCUCCAAUUCGCGAAACGGUUCGCUUGGAAAGGAUCCGGUUCGAUCCGAAUCACCCUCGCCACCACCCUCUCCACCACCCAAAAAAUGACCAAUUCCAACAACACCACCACCAAUUUCGAUUUCCUAACAGUGGAGAAUAUCUACGACGACAGUGAAGAUUCACAGCUCAAUUUCAUGGCUCGUAUGGCGAAAUUCAAAUCCGAAGCCUCACUCCAACUCCACCGCCUAAUCGCCGCCGCCAACACAACCAAUAAUAAGUGUAUGAUCGUUUACGACGCGGAUCUGCCUUGGGCGUUGGAUGUGGCGAAGGAGCAUAACAUACCGGCGGCGGCUUUCUUCACUCAGGCGUGUGCUUACGUGGCGUCGUUUUACCCUAUGUUUUUAGAGGAGUUUGGGGCGGCGGAUGAUCAUCAACAUCCUGUUGUUGCGGCGGCGAAGGGUGGAUCUGUUCCUGAGUUGGCGGUGGAGCUGCCGUCGAGGGAGGAGAUCGAACGGUGUGCGCCGAUAAUUAGUACACAAUCAUCGAGUUCUGAUACUGGUAAGAAACCGCUUCACCCAGUGUUCCGGAUGGUGGUUUCGUCGAUUUCGACUCUUCAUCUUGCUGAUUUCGUGCUCUUCAAUUCCUUUGAUCACCUUGAAAAUCAGGUUGUCAAAUGGAUGACAAAUCUAUGGUGUGUGAAGACUGUUGGACCCUUGCUACCAUCAGCAUACCUUGACAAACGUAUCGAGUCUGAUGUCGACUACGGUGUUAACCCCUACAAGCCAAACAACGAAGCUUGCAUGAACUGGUUAAACACGAAACAAGUUGGCUCGGUCGUGUAUGUUUCAUUUGGCAGUGUGGCUAAUCUAAGUGCAGAGCAGAUAGCAGAAAUAGCAAACGCCUUAAAGCAGAUUUCGAGCAGUUUCUUAUGGAUAGUAAGGGAAGCCGAGCAGAAAAAACUCCCUAAAGAUUUCAUUAACGAAACAUCGGAUAAAGGUUUGGUGAUGUCUUGGUGCCCUCAAUUGGAUGUCCUAGCACAUGAAGCAGUAGGGUGUUUCAUAACCCAUUGCGGUUGGAACUCGAUGAUUGAGGCGACUAGCUUUGGGGUUCCGAUGUUGGGGAUGCCACAAUUUAUGGACCAGUUUUUGGAUGCUCAUUUUUUGGAGAAGGUUUGGGGUGUUGGAAUUAGAAGUAAGGCAGAUGAGAAAAUUUUUGUUACUUGCGACGAAAUCAAGCGUGGCGUCGAGGAAAUUAUGUAUGGGGAAAGAGCAAGUAUGAUUAAGGAGAAUGCAGCAAAGUGGAAAGACUUGGCUAAAGAGGCAGUUGGUGAAGGAGGCAGUUCAGAUAAAAAUAUCGGCGAGAUCAUUAACUGGCUUGCAUCCUCCUAAGACUAGUUUUUUAUGGUACGUUAGCGGCACAUCUUAGAUGCACACAAGCCUCUCACAUUUUCCUCUUAUAUGUGCAAUAUCAUGCGAGAAGAAAAUAUAAGAGGGUCACCAAUAAAUGUAGUUGUUAAGACCGAUGGCCUGUGUACAAUAGGUCUCAGGGUCGAACCCUCUCUCCCGUUUGUAAUUUAUUAUUGCCUCUGUGGCUCAUUUACACCAUAAAAAGAAAAAAAAACAAUAUACGUAGAAAUAUCCUUGGAUCGAA